AUGAUCAAAUUAGAAUAGAAAAUAGAAACUAAAGCUUUAUUACCUCGUAUCAAAUAAAAAUCCAUUAAUGACAAUACUAUGUAUACAAUCUAGUUACUACGUAAAACCAUCCAUCAAAUGACUAAUAAUUAUUCUGAACCUUAACCUAGAUAAAUGGCAUCCAAAAUGUUACCUGCUCAAAAAAUAAGGAGAUUAAAUUAUUCAUACACUAAAGACUAUUCUCAUAACCAUCAAAGUUAAUCAAUUGAACUACAUUAAAAAGCAUCUACAUAAACUAUUACUAACUUCUAUAUUGAUUAUAAAAAGAGUUGUCCAGAUAACUUUAAAAUGAAAGUCACAAAAUCUCCUAAUAUACCUAUCAAUUCAAUCCAAAUUUUUUAGCAAUCUAAAAAUAGGUUUUAAACCAUGGAUAUAAAUGACAGGUUCAAAAACCUAAAAAAUAGAGCAUUGUCAUAAAAAUAUGGAAAAAGAACUAGAUCUGUCUCUCAAUAAAAAUGA